GGAGACAUCUGUUGCUGGAAGUAGCGAACAAACCAUGGAAACCAAGUCCGUCGUAGAGAAUAAGAUUGGAGCAUCGGAUUUAACCAAUACUGGAUCAAGAAAAAGGAGAAGGUAGAUUUUGAUUCAAUUAUGGAGGUUGUAGAUCAAUAGUGAAGACAUGAAUGAAUAUAGUUGAACACAAGCUAAAAACAUAAGCAAAGAUACGAAGAGAUCAAAACCUCACCAGUCAUCAGAUAGGCCCAUCAUGAUAAUACAAGGGCUGCAUAAACCACAGCAGAGUCCGGGACUUGGUAACGUGUAGCAAAAGGUGAGAGGAAAAUGAAGAAGGUGCUGAAAGUAUACGGCGGCGUUUUGAGGCUAGUGCGGCUUUUACCGGCGGACACGAGGCCGUACUACGCCAAGUACGCGAGGGAGAAUUUCGUUAAUUACCGUGAAGUCGACGUAAGCGAAACCCCCCUCGACGAACUCUAUCAACGAGCUUACAAUCACUCACUCUGGGUACUCAAAAAGUAUUCGAUUGACGAAUCAGCUGCGAAGAAGAUGAAGGAGAUUUGUUUUGAAUGAUAAAGCGCACCAUCUGUUCGACGUUAUUCCCCUGAGAGUCCCGAACUAGAUUUUUUUUUUCUUAAAGGCUUGUAUGAUUUGUUGAAUGGGGGCCAUCAAGUGUUCUACUUUUGAUAUAAGUGUCAUAGCUAUAUCGAGAAACAGAGGUUGCUCAUGUGUCUUUUUCUUUCCUUUUUGUUGUCUUGACUUUCUGUGCUUGCAGACAUGUGUUGACUGCUAACCAUGUCUUGUUUGUUUGCUUGAUCCUGAAUAAAUUGUUAUGACUUUACAUU